GUCCUCGGCCCCGUGGUUUUCAAUUUUUUUUCAUCAAUGACUUGGCGUCCGCACCCCAGACGGAUCGCAUAAUCUACACCGACGACCUGAAGCUGAUGAUGAAGGUAUUCAGUGUGGAAGAUGCUGGCAGGUUGCGAUCGAGGCUUCACAUCUACAUGAUUGGUCAAUUAAGUGGUAGUUGCCAAUGAAUCGUGAGAAAUAUUCGAUACUUCCAGUUGGUACGUCUGGCCCAUUUGGACCCUACAAUAUUGGGAGUUCCUUGCUUAAAAACGCCACUCAGGAGAGGGAUCUGGGAGUUAUAAUUUCGCCUGACCACAAGUCUAAUCAAGAUACAAAGAAAAAGGUCGUUGCGGCCUAUAGGAUGUUUCACUCUAUACGUAGCGCCUCUCGCCUGACCCAGGGGCUCUUCCGACUCCUGUUCACUUCACAUGUACGCCCGCUUCUCAGACGCGGGCUACCUGCCACCUACCCUCUUACGAAUUUCGAAUGUGAUAUGAUUGGAAAAGUUCAACGGCGUGGAUCCAGAUCCGUUUCUGAGCUGCGGGACCUGUCCUAUUCUCUCCGACUCAAACAACUGAACCUCUUUUCCCUGGAUUACCGUCGUCAUGGCGGAGAUUUGAGCUUCACCCGACGUAUUCUUAGAGGAGAGUUGGAGAGGGAAUUAAAGGAAUUCUUUCAUCUCAACACAGAGAGUUCGACAAAGGACCACGGAAUCAUCGAGUGUGAUCCAGUCUGGCUUUAUCCACUCGCCUUGUGAAUGACUGGAACCGCCUUCUGGAGUCCAUCGUUGAUGCCGAGACCGAGGAACCUUUUAGGCAUUUGUUGGAUUCUUAUAUUAGUUUGCGGGGAUACAGCUGUUUCCAAUGCACCUUCAGUGAUUCACUGUGGGACUUUGUUGCGCACUGACCUAGGCUAUCCCCGCAAUGAUCGAGAAGAGACAGAGCUGACAAACGACCUUUCUUCUGUUCUCUGUCAUCCAAUGAGUUCAGAAACUAGAUGUGUACAACCAGGGUCCAGCGGUCUACGAGUUAUUUCUUUUGUGUUGCAGCUCUAAAGGCCUAUUACGGCCCGUCAUACUAUUGGGCACGAAAGAGCUUGGAACGUCGGAGCGUAGGAAUAGUGCAGUUCUGCUGCUCCAAUCUUUUACGUCCUUUCAGUAACUCAUUGGUGACAAAUGGUACG